ACCAAUCACCAAUCGAACUUUUCACACGUCAACAUCAUUUUUGACAUUUACCUAAUUUAAAUAAAAUUUAAUUUAUUUUAUAUAAAAAAUGCCGAUUUAUUAACUUCGUGCCGUACCAAAUUGGUGCCCCUUGCUGGUUCUAAGUAAAGAGUGAAAAUGGCAAGCCCCCGGACCAGACGUGUGUUACAAGAGUUAAAGCCGCACGACGAGAACGAUAAAUGUUUCGAAUGUGGCACCCAUAACCCUCAAUGGGUGUCCGUAACCUAUGGCAUAUGGAUCUGUCUCGAGUGUUCUGGCAAACAUCGGGGCCUCGGCGUGCAUUUAUCCUUUGUCCGUUCCGUCACGAUGGAUAAAUGGAAAGACAUCGAAUUAGAAAAAAUGAAAGUAGGGGGCAACCGCAACGCUCGCGUAUUUUUCGAAGCACAACCCGACUGGGACGACCAUAUGACCAUUCAACAGAAAUACAAUACUAAAGCUGCCGCCCUUUAUCGAGACAAAGUUUCGACGUUAGCUCAAGGAAAGGCCUGGGAUGAGAAAAAGUCGCCAGCUCAGAACUACACAGGGAGUUUAAUUAAUAGUAGCAAUAGCUAUAGUACUUCUGGUUCUUACUCAAAUUCAACUACUACUUACCAGAAUUCGGACUCCUAUCAAGGGGGGUACCAGAAUUAUAAUUCGACGGAGUUUAAAGACCAGAAGGAUGCGUUCUUUGCGAAGAAGCAGGCGGAAAAUGCCAAUCGGCGAGGGGACUUACCUCCUAGUCAGGGUGGCAAGUACAGUGGUUUUGGAUACACGAUGGAGCCGCCCCCGAGGAGCCAAUCGCAAGAAUUUGUGGAUACAGCAAUUUCUUCUUUAGCAAGCGGUUGGUCAUUUUUGUCUUCAUCUGCCAGUAAAAUAGCAACCAAAGCUACCGAAAACGCCGUCAAAUAUGGCGGACUUGCCACUCAGAAGGUAGUUGAUAUUAGCUCACAUGUAGGUGACAAGGUAAAAGAGGGUACUUUAUUAGAAGAUGUAGGAAAUCAGUUUACUAGUCUCACCAAUAAGAUGGGCGAAUUAGGACGUAAGGGUUGGAAAGAAGUGGCUGGUGGUAGUAACAGUGGGGACUACCAUUCGGGCGGUUAUGGGCAAGUCGGUGGUGACAACUACCAUUCGCCUGGAGAAAAAUCUUCACUAGUUAGCAGCGGUAACGGCUAUGUUAGGGACGACGACUGGAGUUGUAGUAGUCAACAAGGCUCAAAGGCAUCUAGUCCAAAAUCUCCAGGUCAGAAUUGGGACAGUAGUUGGGGCGGUUAUCAAAGUGACCCUCAAGGUUACCAGUCUGAAUCUAGGGAAUAUUCGGGAAGCAGCGCCACAUCGCCAACUGGCUCCAUCUCCCAGAAGCAUAGUAAAAAAGAGAAAAAGUCCAAAGAGCAGAAGAAGCCUAAUUGGGACGAUAAAUGGGGCGACGACGAACUAUGGGAAAGCCUGAAUAAGUAACAACUGUGACCAAUUUAGACCAAUUAAUUUGUGAAAUAAUAUUCAGCAUCAUGGAUGUUCAUUAUUUUAAAUCUUUUUAUUAGAGAAAUUAUAACUCUGCUAGCUCAGUGUUACCAACGGACUUUUAUUAAUUUAUUUAUUAUCAUUAUUAUUUACUUCAUUGCAACAAGACGCAAUUAUCGAUGCUUAGAGCAGCGUACUUUGAGAUUAUUUAUUUUAUUACUAUUUUUUGUUUAUGGUGAACCACGGUCAAUUGAUUUAUGUAACGAAGACUGCAAAAGAAAUGGGAAACUUCCUUAAAAUUUGUCGUGUUGGUCAGUGUUGCAACAGCACAAACCAUAAAUUGACGAAACGCAUUUAUUGUUGUCCAUUGCCGUUAAUGUAAAUAUUUUCUGUAGCAUACAAUAGUUUAGCGUAAUUUAAGGCAGACGUAUGUUAUAUAUUAUGAUAAACAUGUUUUACUCCAAAUUUUAAGGUAAAUAAAUAUUAUUUUAUGCAUUAA